GAAGCGUUUGAUAAACGAAUUUCUAGGUUAUAGUUUUGUGUAAUGAUUGAAGCUCGAAGUUUUCAUAUGUAUUGAAGGCUCCCGCCUCCCGGGAUGGAUUAUUAUUGGUUUAUAAUUUUCCAUGAAAUAAGACUCACUGCAAUCCAUUUAUUUUGCUUCCAUUUGUUGUGUUUUCCUUACGGCUCGAUCAUGGACGGAAUGCUACCGAGUCCAGGGUUCAGCAUCCCGAGCAUCGGCACUCCGCUGCAUCAGAACGAUGAGGACCAGCUGCAGCUGCCAGUGCAGCCCCCACCACUCCUGCCCCUGUCCGGCCCCUCCUACGCGCCCUCGCUCGUCGGCGGGUUCUCCACGCCGCAGCAGCUCAUGCAGCCGCAGACACCGCAAAACAUGAUGUCGCCAAUGGUAGCUCCCAACCAAACGCCACAGUUGUCGAGUAUGUGUCCCGGAACGCCAGGACCUAUGACACCCAUGACACCAUCCUCAGCUGAUCCAGGAAUUGUGCCCCAAUUGCAGAACAUAGUUUCAACGGUGAACCUCGGCUGCAAGCUGGACUUGAAGAAGAUAGCGUUGCACGCGCGUAAUGCCGAGUACAACCCGAAGCGAUUCGCGGCGGUGAUCAUGAGGAUACGAGAGCCGCGAACGACUGCGCUGAUAUUCAGCUCGGGCAAGAUGGUUUGCACCGGUGCCAAAAGCGAGGAAGACUCCCGGCUCGCCGCGCGCAAAUACGCUCGCAUCAUUCAGAAGCUCGGCUUUCCAGCGAAAUUCUUGGACUUCAAAAUCCAAAACAUGGUUGGCAGUUGUGACGUGAAAUUCCCAAUAAGACUGGAAGGACUUGUGCUGCUACACGGUCAAUUUAGCAGUUAUGAGCCUGAACUUUUCCCUGGGCUAAUCUAUCGUAUGGUGAAACCAAGAAUUGUACUUCUCAUUUUCGUAUCCGGAAAAGUUGUGUUAACAGGAGCUAAAGUGAGGCAAGAAAUCUAUGAGGCAUUUGACAAUAUAUACCCAAUACUGAAAGGCUUCAAAAAACAAUAGUUACAACUCAGUGUGGUUUAUUACAUCAAUACUGUGCUAGACUUAUCAACGAUUAAUUGUCUCGGCCGUUUUGUGAUAUACGACAUUCAUAAACUGUCAAAAUAAAAUUUAAGAAUUUUCAAUAUGUAAUUGAUGAAUAGAUUUAGCUUGUAAAGUAUUUCAAUAGGGCUACUUGAUUUUUCAAUUAUAGAAGAUAACUAGUACUCUUUUGAUUUAUUUUUAUAUAAACACGACUAGUUUCGAGCACUCAAGUGCUCAUAUAACAAUGAAACAAAGUUGUACUAGGAAUUUACUAUGAUUAAAGAUUGAGCUAAUUUUAAAAGUUCAAGGUUAGGAAUUUUUGACUGAAUUUUAUAUUCACUUGAGUGUUGUACCAUAGUUUGAAUUUAGGUUUGCUAAUGCUAAAAUGUUACUGUAUGAAUUUUUUAUAAGAGAUAAAGAUAAUGUAAUAUUAA